CCCACCUAGUCUAACCAUGGCUACGCUUCGCUUCCUCUCCCAGGUUCCGGUGAUGUCACCCUUCCCGUCAUCUUCAAAAUCCGGCAACCCAACCUCCUCCGUCAGACUGCAUCCGCCACGUGCCAUUCACCUGACGAAGAAGAGCAGUAGCAAGAGAAAGCCACCGCUCCUCACUCCGAUCAAAGCCGUCGACGAAGGCCAAGCGAACUCCGACACCACCGAGGCAAAAGGAGAGCCGUCGGCGGGGGCGAGUGAGCCCGGAGAGCUGAGCGAGCUUGGGGCGGAGAUAAAGAAGGCGAUGGAGGAGAGGAAGGAGAAGGAGAAAGAAGGAGGCGGCGGCGGCGAUUUGUUUAGCGGAGUGGCGGAGGAGGUUAGGGAGAUAGAGUGGCCUGUGUUUGGUAAGGUCUUGGGGACCACCGGAGUUGUGCUUGGGGUUAUUGCUGGCUCCAGCGUCGUUUUGCUCACUGUCAACGCCGUUUUGGCUGAGCUGUCCGACCGGGUUUUCGCCGGAAAAGGGGUUCAGGAUUUUUUCGGCUGAGGAAGAGAAACUGUACAUUUCGGGUCAUCUGACUCGUAUUUUAUUUAUUUCUUAUGCUGAAUAACACAUUGAUUUUUAGCUCAACUUGGUACUCAAUAGCAUUGUAUAUCGAAAAUUUUGAAGCAUAGUUUUGAAACAUUGUUCUUG